GCGGCUUUAAAAGUGGAAGGAAAUCGACGGAGCGGCAAUGUUUUGAAGCUUGAAGUACACAUUCUGCAACGUCUUGCCAAUUGCCCAAUUUUUGCUAAUGUGCUACAAGCAGGAAAAAAGGAGUACUACUCCUAUGUUGUAAUGACACUCCUCGGCGCCAGCCUGGAUACAUUAAUUGGAAGGCAUGGAAGAAUAUGCACGGUAUCCACGCAAGUUAGAGUUGGCAUAAACGCCCUUUAUGGGAUAAAGGCCCUUCAUGAUAUGGGUUUUAUACACCGAGACAUAAAACCAGCAAACAUGGCCUUGGGAACCUUUGAUAGAUCGCGAAUUAUACACAUUUUCGACUUUGGACUAGCCAGGCAGUACGUGAUUUUCCCAAAAAAUGGUCGACCAAAAGGAACGCUGCGUUACUGUUCCAUCAAUGCGCAAGAAAGAGGAGAGCAAGGACGGCCGGAUGACUUAUGGAACCUACUGUACAUGCUGGCAGAGAUGAGGGGAAAACUUCCGUGGGAUCAUUUAGAGUAA